AUGCAGCACUGCUUGGUGCCUGUGCUUUUUUUUUUAACAAUGAUUCUAAUGAAGAGAUGUUGAAUCUCCAUGUAUUUCUCUACAUUUUGUUGUGCUUAGAUCUCUUUUUCUAUUAAAAACUAAUAUUCUUUCCAGGCUUCUUUUCCUGGCAGACUAUCCCUCGCUCAUGGGUAGGGCUGUAAAUACUUUGAUUCUGCGUGGCGGAGCAGAGCAGGCUGUUCUGGUACUUCUGAAAGAUGUGUUUGGAGACUUGUGCUGUGUGAGAGGUGCAUAGAGGGGUUGGGGAUCACACCAAGUCACAGGGCUGUGCCUUGCUGACCUUCUGUGUGCUUCUGCAGCAGAGAUGGAGGAACCGGGUCAGUUUAGCACCGAAACACUCAGGCUUAUGUAAUAAUAGCUGCCUGCUCUUCGUCCCAGUCGGCAGGAGGGCUGUAAGCCCCCCAGCACCAGGAAUGGGCCCAAAACCAACACCUGUUACCCAGCUGGUCAGAGCUUUCCACUGCAUGGUGCAUCCUAGAAGUGGAUAUUUAUUUUCUGUGAAUUAAUGCCAAAAAUAUGCCUGACAGUUGGUUGUGUUCAUUCUUCAGAUGUUUGCUUUAAAUUUUUGCUAAUGUUAGAUAUUUCUAAUGCUGUCAGUGAAAUCUUAAUUAAAUGCUAGAGAAAUCUAAUUGGAUUAGCAUGGAGUGGAUAUAGUAUGAAUGAAAGAGAUAAAGAUGUAAUUUGCAUUUUUGGGGAACUUACUGUCUGUGAGCGCCUUUGGUGAGGAGGAUUUAAAACUUCCCUGCUUAAGCUUUAACUUAAGCUUUGAGGGGGUGGAUUCCAAGUAGAGUCAUGGUAGCAGUUUUGCUAAAGGCUUGUGGUUUUAAGAGCUCUAGGUUUUAAUACACUGGGGAUACCUUUCACGGAAUGAAAAUACCGAUCAGUAAACUUAACUGGAGCUCUGUCGUGAAGACAAGUGUGCUAUUAAGACAGAAAAAACAUUUAGCAUGCUGUCUUGGUGAGGCUCAGGUUCAUACGUACCGAAGAUCUUAGUGCUUGAUUCAUUUCAGUUCUGCACUGGAGCAGUAGUGCUCUGUUUCUUUGAUAGCAAUUUAACUUUGUACCCUUUUCCCUCCGUUUCAGUUGCCUUGCAAUUAAUGAUGCUGGCAGUAACUUGCUGGUGUUAAAGCUUCAUGCAUAUGUGUGGAAGGACAACCUCAUAACAAAGUAUAGUAACAGGACUGAAUAUUCACCUUAGUUAUUCACCAGUGAUGGGAAAUGCAUGCAAUGCCUUGUGUGGGUCUGCACGGGUCAGUUAAUGUGGAGCUCCUGGAAAUAGCAAGUUCAUCUCUCUGAAGUGAAGUUCUGUUCUAAAUGUUUCUUUAAUGAUAAGUGGAAGGCGUAUUGAUGACAAUUUCUAUCAUGUACAAUCUUUCAGUUUGAGUGUUCUCCUUUAAUUAGUGUUUUCUUUCACUUGGGGAUGAAGGAGGAGAUGUGAGGGGACAAAAACAAAGCAGCCUUAGGAAUAAUAAAUAAGAAAAUAAGUAAGAGUAAGUUACAUCAGAGCCAUAUGUCUCAUGUCUUUAUUGCAGUGGCUUUGGAGAACAGUGGAUGCUCUUUACUAAACGUGCCCCUUUCCUCCCCCAAGAACAAAACAGAUCUGGGAGCUUUGCUCAGCCGUGGGAGAGAGGAGCAAGAAAUACAGUGUGAGUAGGAAUUGAUCUUAAAAAUGAUUAUAAAUAGCACUAAUUUGGGAAGGGGGAAAGUCAGCUAUGUAUAUCCAAAGCUAGCAGGUGCUGCUCUUGUCUCAGUCAUCCUCACUGGUGAGGUACUUACAGCAGCUGAACAGACAAGACACUGAGCUUACCUGACACAGGCAAGAAACAGGGAGUGCGUAUGUUCCUUUCAUACAACACUUCAGAACUUCACACUUCCUCUUGCUGUUUGUGGGGUUUGUUUUUGAUUGGUUUUGUUUUUAAAAGCUGUUGGCAGUAAACAUGGCAGUUCCUGCUGAUCAGAGAAGUGGUGCACAAGUGAGAGGUGGCUGCUGCAUCUUAUCUGCUUUUUCUGAGCAAACACAAAAAUCUGCAGUUCUAUUGAGCAUGUGAUUUGCCAUCUCAGGGCCAAGGUGGGUUUGGGGAUGGCUCAGUUUUUGGUUUUACUUUGUCCCAAGGCUUUGGAAUUAAACCCAGUGUAUUUUAGUACUGCAAAAUAGAAACAGAUGCCUCCUGCUUCUCCCACAGAUAACUUCUAAGCAUUACCAGCCUGAAGCACGUUGAGUGGAGAAUUCUGAGAGGAGCAGAUUUAUGGUGUUACAUAGAUUAAUUUGCUUAAGAGUGGGUACGUGCUGAAUUUGGGUUCUGUAUUUCAGGUCUUUAAGGUUCAUAUUCUGGCAUCAGUUAAUAGGUGCUGGUUUCAGUGGAUUGAAAAAGAACAGGGUGCCUGGAAGGGAAAAAAGCAUGGGGAGGAAGGGAACGCAGGGAGCAGCUGUCAGUGCCACCGUGCUUCUGUGGCUCGAGUUCUUUAGGAUUUAUAGCUCAUGGAGGAAGAAUCACGAGUUUCAUGGCUCCUCCUUCGGUUCAGUGAGUUCAUCUGAGCUCACGAUGACUGUAAGCACACAGUGUAUGUGCGUGCAUCCUUUAGACUGUAAAUGCCGAAUCUCACCCGGCAGUUGUCGCCGUGCGGGUAGGAGCAGCAUGGGAUGUGUGCAGGUGUUCGUGCCCCCUCGUGGCUAAAAUCUGAAUCUCAGUGCUGCUGGGGAUUGUCACCAGAGCCACUUCUAAGGGAGUGACCGCAGAGCAGACAGCUGCAAGUGCCAGGAAGCUGCAAGCAGGUAUUUUAUGGGCACAGGAGUAAACCCCAAGUUUGAAUUGGCUCUUGUGUUCUGUUCUGCAGUCAUUUACAGUGCAAGAGAGGAGUCAGAAAUAUCCCCACACAGCAAAUGCUCGCUUCAGACCUCGAGAACUGCUAUUAAUCCCUAAUCCCUGUGAAGUUAUUUAUUUGGUACGAUUGAGUGCUGAAAUUUCAAAUCUGGUUGCUUUGCAGUGUUAAGUCAGAAAGCUCAUUAACUUUGUUCAGCUGUGUUAAUAACUAAUCUUUCUGAGAGCAACUUCAUGGAGCAGGAUUGAUCUUCCAAACAACCUCCUUGACUGACAUUAAAUGUACACCUGUCCUUUAAUUCUUUCCCAAUUAAUGGACAGCUGACAAAGGAAUGUCUUUUCCUGGAGCGUGUGGCAGGUGACACAGCCUGGGGGCAGCCCAGAUAGGAGAGUCCUUCAUGACCUGCCUUCUCAGCCUUCCCCAGAGUUGGAAGUGCUAGGAAGCUUAACAGGAGCAGGUCUGACUUAUCAGCCACCUCUCCUCAAGCUCCUGUUUGGAGCUUAUCUGAAGCUACUGGUUGAAAUAUUCAUGCAAGAUUCUGUUUAAGGUGGCUCUUCAGCUGUUAAAGGAGCAUAAUGAAUAUUUCUAUUUGCUCUUGUCCGGUUGAAUGGUGGAUUUAUUCAGCAAGUACUUUGAGCUCCUUGCUUUGUGAGUAGUGGGUUUAUUUAUCACUGCUCCUUGAGGGGGAAGAAAAAAAAAAGUUGGUGGUCUUUCUAAGAUUUCUUGGUUGAAAGCAGCAGCAGCAAUAGAAGAACAUGCAAUUUGUCGUUAUAUUUUUUCCAUUCAGUGGUUUCCCUUUCAUGUCUAAAUUCCUUUACAAUUUCCCGUGUUUCAUAUUUUUCAAGGUAUAUUGAUUUUGUUAUCUGUAUCUUUUUUCUCUCCUUUAUAAUCUCUGCCUUUUUAAUUGCUGCUUCUAUUUCUUUGUUUUGUUGAAUGGCUUUAGAGUCAGGGUUGACUCUUCUGACUGCAGAAUCCUAGUUGUGAUUGCAGCCUCUUGAUGUUUAAUGAAUACUUAGUUCUCAGCUUUUGUCAUGAUGUUUAUCCAUGUUUCUUCUCAAUAAUUUCACUCGCAGUCUUGACCUCAGGAAAGGGAUCUUUUUGAAGUAACAGAGUAUUUUAAGUGAAUUUGAAGAGAGGGAAACUGCAAGUAAGCCAAAAGUUUAAAGUCUAUUAUUAUUUAACAUUUUCUUGCUCUUCACACUUUUCACAGUGCAUCUACAAACUCACCAGAGUGUGGUGGUGAGGACUUGAAAAAUAUUUUCCCAAGUCCCCUGAUUUUAGUUUGUGCAGUAGUGGAGAUUUCUCUGCUGGUAACUUGGUUUCUUUCUUAUCUAGUACAACUGAUAGUGCUGCUUCAAACCAUCAGACCACUCCUGCUCCACUGCUGAGAAGUUUGGAAAAGGUUGAGGGGGAACUGGGUACAAUAAGAUUACACUCACCAGCUGACAGCUUUUGAUAAGACAGCCUGCAUACUUCUUCCUCUUUGUUUUGUUUGCCCCCACAAAGUUUUCUGCUUUACUAUGCACUUAAACUGCAUAAUCUUAUAGAACCAAGUAAGUGACUUAUUUUUGCAGAUUUAGAUGAGAGGGGAGCUUGGUCAUUUUAUUGCCGUGAAAGUGGAAAAAGCAUUUGAGUGUGCUGUGAAGAGGAGAGCUUUUGGACAACGAGCAGCAAGCAGCAUACUGUGGAAGCCAGUGCUACGAUGGGCUGUCCUGGCAAGGUACUGCCUGGUGGGCUGGGUCACAACAGGGACUCAAAACUGAGAAGUUCCUUGCGAUUUCAGCAAGGAAACAGUGAAGCAAAUUAAGAUGGUUCCUGGUUGGAGCAAAUACCCCUGGUCAAGCAACCUCCUGCACCUGUCUGAAUCUCCCCCCAUGCUGCCCCUCUCUAUAUUUACCCAGUGGGAACUUUCCAAGAAUGGAAGUGGGAAGAUAAAUGCUUGUGGGGGCUAAAUUUAGCCCAGGCUCCCUGGCCCUGCUCCCUGUGGUGGCAUUUCAGCUGUGAGCUUGACAGCCUGCGCCCUUCCAGUUGCGCAGAGUGGAUGUCCAUCCCUGACAGAGCAAGGGCUCUCUUUCUCUUCCCCUUUUUUAAUUAAAACCGAGGAAGAAUUCUCCAUGGGAGAGCGUCUGCUUUGCCUGUCUUGGCUGUGAGCAUCACUUGCCUCGCAGAGACAUCAGGUUUUACUGCUUACAAUGAAAGUGGUGCUCAGAAGACAGGCAAAAAAAAUGAGCUUAAUGGACAUCACUAAGAUUUUCUCCAUGCUCCAGCCCAGAGAAGAUGAAGAUGAUGGUGAAAGUGAGGAGCUGAACCAAGUGGUAUCUGAGGACGAUUACCAAACUCUUGACAAGCUCUUGCACCAAGACAGGUACAAGAGAGUGAUCAACAACAGGAGUGGCUGGGGUGUUCCCAGCACCCCGCUGCGCCUGGCCGCCUCCAAGGGCCACCUCAGGAGCCUGGAGGUCCUCCUGUCUCAUGGGGCAGAGGUGGACAGUCUGGACGUGAAGGCACAAACCCCACUUUUCACAGCAGUCAGCAAUGGCCACUUGGAGUGUGUGAAAGCGCUGCUGGAGGCAGGAGCCGGUCCCUCUGGCAGCAUCUACAACAAUUGCUCACCGCUGCUGACCGCAGCUAGGGAUGGGAACGUUGAGAUUCUGCAGCAGCUCCUGCAGCAUGGUGCAGAGACCAAUGUCCACGCCAGGGUGCCUGAGUGGGCUGCCAACUCCACUGCUUGUUCUGGUCCGCUUUACCUCGCGGCUGUCUAUGGGCACCUGGAAUGCUUCAGGUUGCUGCUGCUCUAUGGUGCCGAUCCCAACUACAACUGCACUGAUGAGAGGAUGAUCGCGCGCAUCAAGGAGCCCAAGACUCUGUUGGAGAUCUGCCUGAGGCACAGCUGCCGGCGUGAGUUCAUCAAGCUGCUUCUUGACUUUGGAGCCAAUGUGUAUUUGCCAAACAUCAAGAAGAUAGCACCUGGUAGUGAGGGCCUGGAGCUGCUGUUGCAGGCAAGAGCUCAUCCCAAAACCCUGAUGUCUCAGUCUAGGCUGGUGGUGAGACACAUCCUGAAGCAGGCUGGCCGUGCACAUGCCCUCAGAGAGCUGGACAUUCCACCAGUGCUGGUGAGCUACCUCCAACAUCAGCCUUAGCAGAGACCAUGGAAGACACCUGUCCCAGAAACAUGCCCGGUGCCUGAAUUAAAAGCUCCUCUGAUGCUGCUGUUGCACAGCACAAAACAGAUGUGAAUUUGUGGUUAAAAAGUUUUGGGUUUUUUUUUUUUUUCUUUUGCUUGCAAAGUGUCUCUGAAACCUGUAUGGAAAGAUAGUGAGAGAAGGAGGAGAGAAAACCAGGACUCUUCAGCUCCUGCUGUGCACCGGCAUAUCAGAGUGAUGGCAGAGAUGGAUCUGAGCGAAGCUGCAUGUUGUUCCUCAGCUGUGUGUAAGAUCUGUUUCCCAGAGAGGUACUUCUAAAGGUACUUCCUUGGUUGUGCAGCCUGGUGAGAGCAGCAGUAGACUGUUUCAGCCACAUUCAAGUACCCUAACACAACCUAGAUGUGGCUGUCACUUCCCCUGCACCCCUGUGCCAAGCCCUGAUAUCAGGUAAACACAAAGGCUGUUCCCAGUGGCCAUGCUUGCAGAUGACUCAGGCAGAAGUUGCACUUCAUGUUCCCAGACAAAAAUCCCUGAAGGCCGAAAUCCCACUUCUCUGCUCAAGGAGUAUCAUUAAAUGCCAUUUUACUGAAAGUGAUUCACAUUACCGCUGAGGGCUGAAGCAUCUCUCUUGCCUGAGUGCCUAUGAUAGUGCAGGAUUUUAAAAUUAAAAAUGUAUGCUAAUAUUUUUAUUAAA